CACGCCAUGAGCCUGCGCGUGGUAAAUUUCGAAAGGACUCGGCCGAACAGAGUAUGCGAAAAUCCUUCAGUCUAUCACUGACUUCCGUUCCUUUAAUGUUGCAUUUCAAUAAACAUUAAUAAUAAGAUAAAAUCGUGCGAUAACAGUUACAUGAAAAUAGCGAUAGUAGCGUGAAAACAGAUUAGAAAUACUUUGAUAAUAGGAAGGAAACUUCUCACAGGGGAGCGCCAUGAAAUAAACCUGAAGAAACAAAAAAGGUAUUAUUGCGUCUUCCAACAAUCAGAACGGUUAGAAGUUCGAGUUACUGAUGGAUGAAAGGUUUCUUAAGGUGAUCAAAGGAAAAAACAGGGAAGAACAUAAAUCACAAUUUUUUUCAAAUAGAGUCUUGAAUACGCACGAAGUGUAAUCAGCUGCUCUUGAAUUUUUGGAUGCUCAAUUUUAUAAGAUUAUUCAAAAUAAAUGAUAUGUAAUGUUGGGAAGAUGAAUAUAUAACAUUAAUCGAACUAAAUAUAAAAACAAAUAUUAUGAUAAUGACGAUAUUAUUAUGCAGUGCUCAAGGAUUUUUUUGUGAAACACAUAUAUAGCGCCUUGAACUUUUCGAUCCCUGGCAUCGCUAUAAUUGAUUGUUGUCUGAGAAGUUUUGAUGAAAUCUAUGAGUAUGUCGAUAGACUCUACAAACAUGAUAAUAAUUAAUGAAUCGGCAGCGCAGAGCGCGAAUAUAUCGAAUCAAAUUGACAAUGUCGAUGGUGUAUUAUAUCUAUAUGGAACACCGCCGCUGAUUCUCUUCUGUGUCAUUUCAAUAGCCGUAAAUAUCAAAGUUCUUAUAAGCGUAUUUUGGAUAAGACGUCCGCUCAGUCCGACGUUGUACAUCAGUUUAAGUUUAGCAGGAGCAGAUGCUUUUUCCAGCUCUGCUUUGGGCAUAGGGUUAAUCAUGAAUAGUUUCAUACCCAAUGGUCUUGGAAUCAAAUUGAAAGGUGUAGAUUGUUUUUUAUUGGUACUCGAAGUUGUGAGAUUGGGAGGCGUGAUAAUUACUGUAUUUCACCUAAUGGCUUUAGCUGCCAAUCAUUAUCUUGGUAUUCUCAAACCACUCCACUAUCUUUCGAUUUUGACGUACAGGAAUACCACAAUUUUAUUGGUUUUGCUAUGGGUGCUACCAAUUUCUUUUUUCGCGGUGUAUUUUAAUUUAGUUGAAGACGAUGGUUUUCAAUCUGAAGAAUGUAAAAAAAGCGUAUUCCUGUCUCACAAGCAAUUUCGAAUGUUGUUCAGUAGUCUUUUUUUCGGACCCUUUGGUCUGAUGGUCUGCAUUUACGUACAUAUAUUCUGCAUAGUACAAAAACAUCAAGCCAUGAGACUACGUUUCUGCAGAGCAGGUUCUUCCAUUCGUGGAAAAACAGCGGAAGCAAUGCGUAGUAAUUCUAGACAAAUGGCACAGAACGUUAAGGCUGUCCAUACAACUUUAUACAUACUUGGAAGCUUCGUAAUCGGCUGGAUGCCUGGAGUAAUAGUAUAUAUGUUGUUCUGUGAUGAUUGUAUAUUGCAAUUAAAUGGGGUAUCGAUGCAUACCAAAUUCUUCAUCUACGCCGUAAUUAACGGUCUUAUUAUCUUGAAAACUUUGGUCAAUCCCAUUAUUUAUGCAGCCAGAAUGCAUGAAAUUAAGAUCGCCACGAAACGAAUGCACAACGCUUUCUGUGAAUGGACGACGCUCACCAAUUUUACUACCAACCGAGGAAUUAGUAGAAUGUACAACAGUGACGAGAGCAAAUCGCAAUCAAGAACCGCCACUUGUCGAUUAUUUCAUAAUAUAAGCAUCCGAAAAACACGAAACGGAAACACAUAUGUGUGUGCGGGUUACAAUGCACAUGAAUAUGGUAACACGCUCGUGUAAACUGCGCGAUAUGCAAGAGAGAAACAGAGAUACAUGGCUAAAAUAUUUUUCGGCAUAUUUUACCAAUCAUGUAAAUACGAAGUACAACGAGCGAAAUAGCAGUUAUAAAAAUCUUAUUAUUUUAUUUCUUUUUCUCUUUCUUUAUUUUUGUCUCCCUUCCGUUAUUUUGAUGUAGCUAUAACGACUAUUACAAGUCGUUAUAGUUUUUCUUAUUUGUGUAAAUUCUUGUAAAAAAUGUAAAUAAUUUAUUUUAAGAAAUUAUUUUGUUAGUCAUAUUUGAUAAGUCAUAUUUGAUAAGUAUACCUAGAGACAAUAUCUCAAUACUUUUGGUUUUGCAAUCAUAUUCGUUUGUUGUACUACACUCGGAGUCAAAUAGACUCUAUAUAUAUGUUCCAUUGCAAUUUUAAUAAAAUACCAAUCAAAGUUAUAUUAUAAUAAAAUAUCAAUCAAAGUUUUAUUUUGUGACACGAUGACAUAUAAUUUAUUUAACGAUAUUUUUUUAAUUGCAUAAUACAUUAGUAUAAUCUACAUUUUAUAUUUGAGUUUGAAAUUUAUUGAUAGAAAUAGGAUUUCUAA